AUGUACUGUAGUCUCUGUUUGUCCCUGACUGUGGCUCCAGCGAACCACACGGUGAUGGAGGAGGUGAUGGAGCAGGUGAUGGAGCAGGUGAUGGUAGAGGUGGUGGAGGAGGAGAUGGAGGAGGUGAUGGAGGAGGUGAUGGAGGAGGUGAUGGAGGAGGUGAUUGAGGAGGUGACGGAGGAGGUGAUGAAGGAGGUGAUGAAGGAGGUGAUGAAGGAGGUGAUGAAGGAGGUGAUGGAGGAGGUGAUGGAGCAGGUGAUGGAGGAGGUGAUGGAGGAGGUGAUGGAGGUGUAG